AUGCAGCCAAUAUUAAAAACUUUUCGAAAUAUCGGUAUUAAACCUCAGAAAAGACAUUUGUAUCAUGAAUCAGUAGUGUCUUUGUCGAGCAUUCAUUCCAUAUCACCGACAACAAAAACUGAUAGCAACAAUGCACAAAUACCACAACCACCCAUAGUAAUUAACAUACACGGUGCUUUUGGAAAUAAAACUAAUUUCAAAAUGUUCAAUAAGCAUUUAUCUAGAAAUUUAAAUACGGAUGUUUAUUCAAUUGACUUGAGAAACCAUGGCGAUUCUCCUCGCGCAUUGCCCUAUGACAAUCUAACUUUAUCCAAAGAUGUUUCCGAAUUUAUUUUGAAACAGAUUGUUCCUAAUUACGGCCCAAAUCGUAAAGUUAGUCUGGUAGGCUAUUCCCUGGGUGGCAGAAUCGCUAUGUUAACAUGUUUGCAUAGGAAAGUUACACCAUAUCUUCAUAAAUUAAUUUCUGUUGAUAUUCCUCCAAAAGCAAUGCCAGCCUUGACUGAUGAAAUUGUAGUGAAUUAUCUAGCCAUUAUGGAAAUAUUGAAUGCUGGCCAGCAAUAUUUACAACACAAAGUAACUGAAUCAGUUGAGCAUCACAAAAUUCCACAUCUAAUCUUAAAGGAUUCCAAAAAUCAAUGGAAAUCCAAGGUUUUGAAUCAUUUUAAAAAAAUUAACUCUCGCAAUCCUUCAAUGAGCUAUUACUUUUCUAAUGGAUUUACAAGUUAUUCUGCUAAUAAUGAUUUAUCCUUGGGAUACCCAAUAUUGUAUGAUAUUCCUCUUUUGAAUAUGCCAGAUUAUCUAUCUGAGAUUGUAAAAUGGCCUAAUCUGUAUGUCCCACCAUAUAAUCACGACUACAUUAUCCAUCAAAAAUGUCAAAUUCCAACUCUAUUUAUCAAGGCAUUAAAAUCUCCAUUUAUUCCAAGAGAGCAUUAUCAAAGUCUUGGAGCUGAGUUUAAAAAUUAUAGAGUCGUGGAAAUCAACACAACACAUAACGUCAUUGGAGAAAGGCCUAAGGAAUUUGUUAAAAUAGUUACUGAUUUUUUAUCAGCAUAG